AUGAAAGCCCUCAAUGACAAAUUGGACAAACUCCUCAACCAGCAACAACAUGUCCAUUCCAUCUCAGAGGAAGAUCAGUUUCAGCAACAAGAUGGGGAGAAUACUCAGCUAGAAGAUGUAAACUACAUCAACAAUCUAGAAGGUUACAAUAAAGGGUACACCAACUACAUCCUCAAUCACCAAGAUAUCAAUCCAACCACUCCACACGGUUUGAACCGUGGCCUACCUAUUGCUAGGCAACUACCCCCACCGACACAACAGUCUAACCUAAGUUCAUCGCAAAAUCUGCUGUCAUCUUCCUCAUCCCUAGACUUGCUAUCAAUGAUGCAACAAGUCCUGUCCACUCAGAAAUCAAAUGCUAUAAACAUCAACACGCGAUUCGAUGACCUCGCUAGUCGCUUAUCAGCCAACUAUCAGAAACUGCAUAUCAAGUUUGAUGCUUUGAGCUUUCGAAUUCAAACGCUUACAGUUAAAUCGGCUUCAACUUCAACCAGCCAAAAGUCUGCUCUCGCCAUAGCCCUACGGAGUAGAUGCCACUUACCGACUCAUGAGGCACCACUAGCCAUUACUGAGGACAGCAAUGACUUAGAUGGGGAGGAUCUCCGUGAGUCGCCAACUUCUACUCAUCCACCAAACCAUUCCGCAUAUCAACCCGACCCUGUACCCGAUCAUUCCACCCUGACAAAUGAUCAGGUAGAUAUUCGGGUAAGCCCACCACCAACCGACAAACCAAGCGGGGAGAAACCGAAAGAGAGACGAUUCAUUCCUCCACCCUACAAACCACCGUUGCCAUUCCCUGGACGGUUUUGCAAAGAGCUUCUUGAGAAGUAUAAGGCGUUGUUUAAAAAACAGAUGAAGGAACUCGAGCUUCGCAUCCCUCUAAUGGACGCCUUCACCCUGAUACCCCCUUACCAAAAAUUCUUGAAAGAUGCGGUGAUGGAACGGAUCAAACAAGUUCAAGGAAUGGUUAUACUCAACCAUGAGUGUAGUACUGUCAUCCAGAGAACUAUGGCACCCAAGAAACUGAGCGACCCGAGAUCGUUCACAUUACCUUGCUCGAUUGGACCUUUGACAUUCGGAAGAUGUCUUUGUGACUUGGGGGCAUCGGUCAGCCUAAUGCCACUGACUGUAGCCAAACGCCUUGGAUUUGAAAAGUUCAAGCCCACCGACAUCCAACUAGUCCUGGCAGACAGAACUACGAGGUUGCUAAGUGGAGUAUUGGAAGACUUGCCGGUCAAAGUAGGAACAGUGGAUUUACCAACCGACUUCGUGGUUUUGGAAAUGGAUGUAGAACCAAAGGAUCCACUGAUUUUAGGACGACCAUUCUUAGACACCGCAGGAGCAAUAAUAGAUGUGAGGAAUGGGAAGAUCGAUCUAAAACUCCGGGAAGACCUCACUAUGGAGUUCGAUAUUCAGGAAACUAUGAAAAAGCCCCCAAUCGCAGGGCAAACCUUCUGGAUAGAAGAAUUAGAUAAAUUACGCGAGGAGGCGUUUGAGGAGGUGACAAUCGGAGAUUGCCUACAGACAGCUCUAACAAAGGAUGGUGAGGAGGGAUUCAUACACCAGGAAACAAAAAUCUAUAAGGAAUUGCUUGAUACCUAUAGAGCAGUCAUCGAGCCGGAAUUAAGUGAGGAUCUGAGGGAAGCUGAGGAGGAGAGAAUGAUGCUUGAAAAACAAGGCUUGAGCAAGUCAGUUGUCAGCUCUUGCGUUAUGUAA